AUGGACCCAUUUGAAGUGAGAUUAGAAUUUAUAAGUCAUCUAAAAAGUCUUAAUGCAUCGCAACCUUACAUCAAAAAGUGUGUAAAAUAUGCAAUUCAAAAUAAAGGAUGUUAUGAAGAUUUAUACAGAUGUAUAUUGGAAGUUAUGGACCAAUCAACCAUCCUACCAAGAUUGAAUUUACUUUAUUUCAUUGAUGCUUUACUCGAGAGUUCAAAAUCUAUAAAUUUCAAAGGAUACAUUGAACUUAUUAAACAAGAUUUAAAUAAAUUAAUUCUGGAUGUUACAAGUGGUCCAAAUGGGAUCAUUAAUGUUAUGGAUGAACUGCAAGUGCAAGAACAAAACCAAGAAUUACAAGAACAACCACCACAAGGGCAAAGUCCACAUCAUCAAGAACCACAACAAUCAUUAAAACAAAAUUUACAACAACAAUUAAAAUCUUCAACAUUAAUGUUAAAUAAUUUAUCAAAGAAUGACAUACUUAAACGAAUGGAAGAUGAUCGUGAAAGAUCUAAACAUGUUAGAGAAGAAAUUUGGCAAAUUGAUUAUUCAAUUCCAGAUUUUGAAGCUGAAAAGUUAUGGGAAUUCACAUCAGAUUUGGAUGAUGAUGAUUUUGAAUGGAUGAGAAUUCAAAAUAAAAAAUAUUUUCCUUGUUAUACUUGGAAAAAAAAUUUUGGAUUAAAAGAUUUUGAAAAACAGGAUUAA